AUGAACAAUACUCAGAGUUGCGAUACAGAAGACGGGGAAUUUGGUAAGCAGCACCACGAAGGCCACACGGGUUAUCUCGCGAUCGAUGUAGCGUACGAUCAUAUCGACGGAUGGCUCAAUGAUACUAAGCCUGACAUCGUCAUGUUUAUGCUUGGUACGGACGACAUCGCUCGAGGACGACGGUUGGAGGAUGUCGUAGAGGCAUACACGAAUAUGGUGCAAUCGAUGCGGCAGUACAAUGAACACGUACAUAUUAUCGCCAACACCGUGGUUCCGCUACCAGUAAAUAUGAACCCCGUGAAGAGGCUCAACGACAUGAUCCCAGACUGGGCGGUCGAGCAGAACAAAACCGAGUCGCCGAUCUACGUUAACGACAUAUACCCGUUCCCGAAUACCUUCCUGAAAGACGGCAUACAUCCUAAUGAUGAGGGCGAGGACCGUAUUGCCGAUGGGUUGAAUUCGCUCUUGACGUGGAUUAUUAAUUCGAAUUCGACGGGUAAUACUACUGUGUCUGGUUGA